GUUCUGCAUGGUAUCGCAGUUUCGCCCCAUGUUGAGCUGCGGGCGCUACGUCAGCUCCUCCGCGAAUCAUGUUCUGCUUCGUCUUAAACACUCAUCACCAGAGUCAAGACACAUCUUUUGCGUUGUCGCCACGUCUUGAAUAUCAUGGAGUCUGAACAAUCCUUCCACCUUUUCACUUCCAUCCGGUAUGAUCCUUUACUUUUGGAAUCGGCCGAAAACUCCCUGCCCAUAUUAAACUAUGUGGCCCCUUCCCCAUUCUACAUGCUCAUCUACCACCGCGACCGCAUGCUCGAGGCCGCACAGCAUUUCGACUUCCACGCUGUAGCCCAAAGGCUCGAACAUGGCGAAUCACUACAUCAAGAGUUGUUACAAGAAGUAGCGGCAUAUCUGCACCGAGGAGGACACGAUGGGCCACUCAAGAUGCGCAUCCUCUUCGACAAGGCCGCAAACAUGACCAUCGACUUUGCUCCCACACCCGCAGUCCCCCUCUCAACCCUCUACCCCGCCUCCUUCGACCCACCACGCCCAAAACCCAUCCCCCAUCCCGCAAACCCGCAAGCCCUGCCCUUCCAGCCCUCCCCCCUGACAGGCGGCGCCCUCACCCUCGGCUCCACCGACACCCUCCCCCCCACCCCAUCAUCAGACCCUCCCCCACCACCAGAAUACCACCUACGCCUCGACACCCAGCCCACGCCCACCUCCGCCUUCACCCUGCUCAAAACCACUGUGCGGGAACAAUACGACGCUGCCCGCGCCCGCGCGCUCCCUGCAAACCCCUCCGGCGCCCCCUACGCCGAAGUCAUCCUGUACAACUCCACGCACGAGCUUACCGAGGGUACACUGACCACCAUCUACUUGUUCCGCGGCGGCCGCUGGGUGACGCCGCCUGUCGGCGUGCCUGCGGGCGAGUUUACCGCACAGACGCUGAAAGAUGCCGUGGGCGAGAGCGUGGAUCUGGACGAGGGCGAGCUGAGAAGACCGUUUGCGGGGAGGUGGGGGCACAGCGUGAGGAGUGCGAAGGUGGGGGCGGGCGGGCAGAGGGGCACGAGCAGGCGGUGGGCGCUGAAGAAGGGGUUUUGUAUGGAGGAGCCGAUUAGUGUGGGCACGGUUGAGGUGGGAGAGGGCGUGUGGAUUAGUAGUGGGGUGAGGGGAUUUGCUUUUGGGAGGGUGGUUGAGUAGGAUGGAUAGUUCAAAUAACCUGGCAUUUGAAUUGGCUUGAGCUUGGUAUAGUGCAGAUGGGCUAUCUAGUCUGAGGCGGGGGGCUGGUCCGCUGCGUAGACCCCAAUGGAUUUGAUGUUGGACCUGAUCUUAAUUGGGA